AUGACUUCCGAGAUCCGACGAAAGCUCGUCAUUGUCGGCGACGGCGCCUGCGGCAAGACCUGCCUGCUCAUUGUCUUUUCCAAGGGCACCUUCCCCGAGGUGUACGUCCCCACUGUUUUCGAGAACUACGUCGCCGAUGUCGAGGUCGACGGUAAACACGUAGAGCUGGCUCUCUGGGAUACCGCAGGCCAGGAAGACUACGACCGUCUCCGACCGCUAUCUUACCCUGACUCCCACGUCAUCCUCGUCUGCUUUGCCAUCGACUCCCCAGACUCGCUCGACAACGUCCAGGAGAAGUGGAUCUCCGAAGUCCUCCAUUUCUGCCACAGCCUCCCCAUCAUCCUCGUUGGCUGCAAGAAGGAUCUACGGUACGACCCGAAGACGAUUGAGGAGCUCCACAAGACCUCGCAGAAGCCCGUCACAACUGAGCAGGCUGAGGAAGUCGCCAAGAAGAUCCAGGCCAUGAAGUACCUCGAGUGCUCGGCCAAGACGAACGAGGGUGUCCGGGAGGUCUUCGAGCACGCCACCCGCGCGGCUCUAAUGAACAAGCAGGGCGGGCGUCAUGGAAAGAGCAAGAAGCCGAAGUGCGUGGUGUUGUAG